GUGUGUGUGUGUGUGUAUGUGUGUAUGUGUGUGUUUGUACCUUUGUGUGUUUGCAUGAAUGAGGUAAAAUAGGUGUGUUAAAAAUGGAUAAUGUGAGGACAUUAAUUUUCAAAGCUUGCAGAGUUACAACUUCAUUUUUGUUUGACUAUUGGUUUAUUAUUAUAAUUGUUAGUUCAAUAUGGAAAGGGGGGAGGAGGGUCUAGUGAAAACAUGCAACCAACAGUAAAACAGAACUGAAGUAUUAAGUCAGCAAACUUUUAAAAAUGAUAUCCCCACGACCUCCAUUGUUUGACUCUGCUCAUAUUUUUCUGUAGACUCCUCAUGACAUGUACUUGUGUGUUUAUUCUGUUGCUUAAAGUGUUACAGCUCUAAUUUUCUCUUCCAAUUGAUAUCAAACUACUUUUUUAUCAGUUGUUAAUUAUAGUUUAUUCCAAAGUGCCUGGAGUUGUGAUUGCAGAAGUUAAAGGCUAUCAGUCGUGUGAGUCUCAUCCCAGACGAAAAAACUAGAAGCCAGAUGGGAUUUUUCUCAAAAUGGGAAUGGAAUUGAAUGGCCAGAAGGCCAUUAUACUUACAAUGAUGGAAGCCUAAAGCUAUUCAGCUGUCUCCGGUGACGGCAUGGUUUUACGUGAAUGUUAAUUAGUUUCUACAUCCAGAAGAGGAAAUAAAUUAUUUUACCUUACUGAAAUGGCUUGUAAUUAGAGGAACUAGACCAGCAGCGAUAAGGGACUCGUUCAACAUAUUGAAUUUUUUUUUUUUUUAAAGGAACGGUGGAAUGUACCAUGAAGCUCAGUGAGAAUAUAAAAAUCUGGAACUGAAUUGAAAGAUGCUCACUUUAAAAAAUAAUGCAUUGGUCUGUUCGUGCAAUAUCUUUUUCUUGAAGAAAACUCAGAAAAUUGUACUUUGUGAUACAGUAAAAAUUCAACUACUGCGAAAUAUACCUAUCAAUGGCUAUGACAUACAAAUAUGUUUUAUGAUCUUAAUUAGAAAUACUUGUUUAGAAGAUAUAGGUCUUAUAUUUACUUUUCCAUUAAAAAAUGUAAGACCAAAAUAUGAAUUUCUUAUCUAUUUCUUCUGGAGCCAAAGCUUUGAUUAAAAAUUUAAAUGUAGGGGUCAGAGACCUGGUGCAAUUGUUUCUGAUUUAAAAUAUUUAAAAAAACAGAUGAUGGUCUUUAACCUAGACUGUGGUGUAGGUUAUCACAAGUCUCUUUCCUUUGCUUCGUCAGAUUAUCCCGUUCCUGAAAUCGUCAACUGUCCUUCUGGAUCGAAAGUCAAUGGUGACUACAUCAUGUCCGGGUCAACAGCCACUUGUGAAUGUCGUCAGAAAACUGAGGGUUUUCCUGCAGGCACAGUUGUUCUGUCUCAGGGCCGGUCUACCUUGGGUUCAGGAACUGUCGCCUCAGGGAAUGUCAUCAACCCUGGAAACAUCAACAAUGACCAGACGUUGACUUGUCGUUCUGAAUCUUCUCUGGGUCAAGCAGGUCCCUCUGUCUCCGAGACUGUCAUGUUUGCCUAUGGACCAAGUAGCGCUACCCUGACCUUCUCACCGACAAGCCCGUCCAGUUUGUGUCAAGGCACCAGUCUCAGUAUUGCAUACUCUUGUGCUGUUGACCCACGUACAGUAAACCCUCAGGCAGUCUACAAAAUCUCCGUGAACGGUACACAAGUAGGCACAUCUGUACAGCAGACUCUACAGUUGCAGGGCGGAGCUCACAACGUCAGAUGUCUUGUUGAGAACUCGUUAUUUCCCGCUGAUCUCUUCACUGAUGUCACUGAGACUUUCACUGUCUUAGUCCCUCCGCCAGAUCCUCCUGAGAUCAGUAUGAGUAAGUCGUCGGUUCUCAGUACUGGAGAAACCCUGGUGAAGGAAAAUGUCACAACCAGUGUGCAGUGUGUGGUCCGAGGGGGAUAUCCUGCUACAAGUGACGUGCGACUGAGCUGUCCUAGUUCUCAGGCCGGCAGCUCAGGUGUGAGUUCUGUGGUGGUAACUAGGUCAAAAGAGACACAAUGCUCGUGUACGGCCACUCACGACAGUGGAUGUUACAACAAACGGAGUGACGUCACCAUCAGAGCUGCUUAUGGCCCAGCAGACCUCAAGUUGGAGAGAAAAAACGUGGGACCAGAGGAGGCCGGAACGUAUAACCUGUGUCCGUCAGCUACACCAGAUAUAACCAUGGAAUGUUCUGUGGGAGUUGUCUACCCAGCAGCAAGUUUGACCCUCACAAUGAGGCCAAAGGGAACACUCAAUGUUUUUUAUUGUACAAGAAACAACAAGUGUUCCACAGAAUUUGUACCGUCAAGGGGAGGUAAUCACGAGUUCAUGUGUUACUCCGUGAACAGUGCUUUUGCGGAUAUGGCGGGAGACAGUCCACCUGUACAGGUCUACGUACGAGAACCUCCCAAAGAUGCCCCAAAACUGACCCUCAACGGUAAAGAUUUCACUGGUGCAACUGCAGAGAACGUCGUUGUUUUUGUUGACGGUCAAGAAAACAGUGUGGUUUGUCAAGUUGAAGGAGGAUUCCCGGAAAUCUCGCCCUCCGACAUCUAUGUACAGUGUGACAGUGAGAACGUGACAGAUGGAAAAGUUGUGUUCACACCUGAUAGAAACACCACCAACUGUAUUUGUCGGGCACAACAUCCUAGUGGAUGCUACGACUUGUCCACUGAAGUCCUCGUCAUUGUAAUAC